UUAACUUUUUGUAAAUCAUGACUUUAUCCAGCAUCAGUUCCUAAGUCCUAACUUUUUUUCUCUCUGGCUUUCUUGGUGGCCAAACUGAGAUUCAAGGAAAUGGCGGAUUUGACGAUCAUCAAUGGUGAAUUGGAGAAUCAGACGGCGGAGAACUUCUACGACGCUGAUGAAGCCAAAUUAACCGAAUUGUCUAGCAAAAUAGAAGCGCUUGAGCGCGAGAAUCUGGAACUGAGCAACGAGAAUAAAGAAGUGAAGGAAAAGAUCAAGAAACUAACCCUACAAAUCGAUCAACUGCGAAACAAGGAAGAAGAAAUGAGACUAGAAAUGGAUCAGUGGGAGGAGGAUGAGAGGUUUCUAGAAUCGAUCGCCGCGAGAUCGGCUGAGCUUGAAACCGAGGUUUCGAGGCUUCAACAUGAUCUGAUAAGUUCGAUGAGUGAAGUAGAUGAAGCGAAUAAGGAGGUGGUUCAAUUGAAGAGUGGAUUGGAAGAGAAAGGGUCGGUGAUUGAGAGACUGGACAAGGAAAUCGAUGACUUGAAGAAAGAGAAAGUCGAGAGUGAGAAAAAAGAGAGGGAACUGGAGAGGAAAUUGGGGGUUUUAGAAGUGAGGGAAACGGAGGAAAGGAGUAAGAAAGUUAGAAUCGAAGAGGAAAUGAGGGAAAAGAUCGAUGAGUACAGUAAGAAAGUUGAGGAGUUGGAAGCAGAGGUGGCUAGAACGACGGCUGAAUUACAGCGAAAUAAGGAAGAAAAAAGAGAAUUCGAGGAGAAGGCGAUGGAGUUGGAGUUGAACAUACUGGAAUUGAAGGAGGCGGUGGAGGAGUGGAAAAGUCAAGCUAUUAAUGGAAAGGCCAGGGAGAUUGUUGAGAAUUUCGGUUGUGAAGAGAAAGCGUUGAAGGGGUUGAAUUUGCCGGUUGUGGUAGCAGGAACGGCUGGGACUAUUGUUGUUGCGGCUGCAGUGAUGUAUCUUUGCCGUAGGAAGCCGUCGUGAGUGAUGAUUUCUGGUGGAAGAUUAAUGCGGAGAGGGAUAGUCAGAGUUUUUUUACUCUCCAGCUACAUUGUCGUGCUUUCUGAUUGAUCAUAUUUUUGAAGUCUGUUGAAUAGUAGACAUUGGCGAUAUUUGUUUGAAACACACACUUCAUGGUUUGGUCAAUAAACAUCCCCUUUAUUUAGAUACUGCAAGUAGUGGUGAUCCGA